AUGAACAAAAGAUUCUCAACAGUUAAAAACGAGGAUUUCAAGCACAGUGGAAGCUACAGCGUAGAAGGAGAUGAACCAAACUGCAUCAAAAUCAGAUCAGACGUAAAACAUCAUAAGCUUUGCAUGUACAAGAAUGAACACGAUAUCUCAUAUUUUGAGAUAUCGAUUAUUUCAAGAAAGGGCGUAUGCAGAGUUGGAUACGCAACAGAAAAGGCGGAGAUGCUUGGGCCACUUGGAUACGAUGCCGAGUCAUUUGGCUACCAAAUGAAAAAUGGCUAUUUCAUCACGAAAUCAAAAAGGCGUGUUAUUGGAGAACGGAUCACACCAGGUAACAUCCUGAGCUGCUUUCUAAAUGAGAGUGAAGAUGGUCUCUGUGUUUAUUUCUACCAAAACGGUAUCCAAAUUCAUGACGGAAUCAAAGUGGAUAAGAAACCUGGGCAAUUGCGUCCUGCUCUCUCACUUUAUGGCNUUUCAAGAAAGGGCGUAUGCAGAGUUGGAUACGCAACAGAAAAGGCGGAGAUGCUUGGGCCACUUGGAUACGAUGCCGAGUCAUUUGGCUACCAAAUGAAAAAUGGCUAUUUCAUCACGAAAUCAAAAAGGCGUGUUAUUGGAGAACGGAUCACACCAGGUAACAUCCUGAGCUGCUUUCUAAAUGAGAGUGAAGAUGGUCUCUGUGUUUAUUUCUACCAAAACGGUAUCCAAAUUCAUGACGGAAUCAAAGUGGAUAAGAAACCUGGGCAAUUGCGUCCUGCUCUCUCACUUUAUGGCGGAGCAGAGGCAGAGCUGAAUUUUGGACCACUAUUUUCAUACGAGGAUAAGAUACGAAGCACUGAGUUGGUCCAAUAUGAACAAUUAAAUGGUUAA